AUGAGCUCUGCCAUCGCCGCCAACAUGUUCCGCCUGACGCCCCAGCUGAUGUUCCGCCGAACCCCCCAGAUGAUGUUCCGCCAGGCUCCUCGCAUGAUGCGCCCUGUGCCCAAGGAGGACCAGGCUGGUCACACCGUUUCCCAGCGCCUGCGAAAGCUCAAGAAUAUCCCUCUGGAACUUCUCCCCCUCGCCGUCGUUGUUUUCUUCGCCCUCGGUGCCGCGACCUACUCUAGCAUCCGCAAGUUCGUCGUUGACAAGAACCUGCGCCUGGUCCGACAAGGAGCUGGCGGCCGGGAGGAACACUCCUCUGAUGAGAAGCAUCACUAG